GAGAGAGAGAGAGAGAGAGAGAGAGAGAGAGAGAGAGUGUGUGUAAAGUGAGCCGCUGGUUCACACGGACUACCGUCGAUCCGAGGCGCUUACCGGAACAGCGAUCCCGAGCUCGUGCGCGCCGCCGUCAUCUCCGUCAGCUGUGCGCGUGUCGUGAAAGAGAAGGAUCGCACUCUGGAGAGACGGAGAACAUGGACGGAGCACCGGGGACCGGGACCGACGCGAGCGGAGCACCGACGCGACGCGGACGCGCAGCCGACGCUCUGCUGUUCGUCUUCAUCUUCAGUCUCGACGUCUUCAUCAUCCAGGCGUCUUCGCUCCGGUUCUCCGAGGAGCCGCAGUCUCAGGAUGCGUUACACGGCCGCAGUGCUAUCCUGCGCUGUGAGCUCAGCGGCCCGGAGGACAUGCGCUUCUGGUGGACACAGGACGGCCGGCGCGUGCAGGACUCGAACCGUCGCUUCCAGGAGGGCAGUAACCUGAAGUUCACCGCGGUGGACCGUCACACAGACACCGGCAGCUUCCAGUGUGUAGCGUCCAGCAGCUCCACCGGAGACACCCUGACCUCCGCCAGCGCCUCCUUCAACAUCAAGUGGCUGGAGAGGGGGCCAAUUACAAUGAACGAACCCGCCUCAGAGGCGGAGCUAGAGGAGGCUGAGCGAAUCGUGCUGCAGUGUCACAUUGAUGGACAUCCACGGCCGAGCAGUAAAUGGUUCAAAGAUGGAGUUCAGCUGGACAGAAAGGACCGGAUCCUGACACUGACCAACCUCAGCACAGGGGAUUCUGGGAUAUACUCCUGCUGUGCUCAGAAUGCUGCUGGAAAAGUGUGCACUAACAGCAACAUCACCCUCAAUAUUUUUGAUAAGUCGGUUCCCCGUGUGCUGGUGUCUCCGGUGGAUCAGGUGGUUCUGCGUAACGAGGAUGCUGUGUUUCACUGUCAGUUCAGAUCCAAGCCGCCGCCGCUGAUUGAGUGGUUCCACGACGCAGAACCCAUCGUCAACAAAUCACAGGUCGUGGUGUACGCUAACGGCACACUGCACAUCACUCAGGUGAAGCAGCGCAGCACAGGUGUGUAUAAAUGUGUGGCUCAGUAUGGAGAAAACAAACAAGUACAUGUGGAGGCAGUGCUCAGGAUCGCAGAGUUGUCAGACAUGGGCGAGCGCGUGUGGCGUGUGUUCUCUGCGGGCCGCGGGGAGCGUGUGCGCUGUGAUCCUCCGCGGGGGCAGCCCGAGCCGCAGGUGUGGUGGGAGCGUGCGGGAGCUCGAGUGGCGUCUGAGGGUCGAGUCUAUCAGCGGGACGGAGAUCUGAUCUUCAGCCCCACAGACGCAUCAGACUCGGGCGUCUACACGUGUGUCGCCCGCAACACGGCCGGACAGAAGCAGCAGGAGCUCGUGGUCACAGUCGCCACCUCUCCAGAGUGGAUCGUCCAGCCGCAGGACACACACGUGGAGGAGGGUCAGCCGGGUUUCCUGCACUGUCUCGCACGGAGCACGCCGGAGCCACGGGUCACAUGGUACCGCAAGAGCGUCCCGAUCACUGAGGAGGGCUCUCGUUACAAGCUCUUCUCUAACGGCACGCUGAGGAUCAACAGCGCAGAGGUGAAGGACAACCAGACGUACAGCUGUGUGUGUGAGACGGAGGCCGGAUCGGUCAGCGCACACGCACGGAUUCACAUACUGGGUGAGAGAGUGUGUGUGUGUGUGUGUGUGAGACGCACACGCACGGAUUCACAUACUGGGUGA